GCCAGUACCCAUUAUUGCCGAGUACCCAUUAUUGCCGAAACUAAUAAAAUCAAUUAAAAAUCCGCCAAUUUGUUGUUCUUUUUAAUUAUGACGUAAAAUACAUAAAUUACGUCAUAUUCUCAAGUCACCUACCGUUGAGUAGAAAGGAAUAAAGGCGAAAGAUAAAGAAAACUUACCGUAGAUAAGGUAAGCCUUUGAAAACACAUCCAUUAGCAUUCGUGCGACAGCACAUGUCAUGAAAAUUUAGACUAAAUAUCCCAUUUGAUGACAGGUCAAGCUCGGUUCAAGUUUAAAUCCUUUACAUAUUUCCCUUCUUGAAAUGAUACGAUAUAAAAAUAUUAAAGUAAUUGCUUCCAAUUAAAGUAAUUAACAGAAUUAUUCACAAAGAGUACGAAGCGUCUGCUUGCUGUGCGACGCCAUAUUUUCUUUUACCGGAAGUGGAUCAAAGAUCCACCCCAUCUCGCACCUGUCUUCAAAAAAAGGGGCAUUACUCUUACAUUUCUUCGGCAGCAGUUGUUCCUCUUGUUCAACGCUGCUUUUUCUUUCUUUUUUUUUCUUUUUUUUUAUUUAACACAAACAAGUGGCAAUUAUCUUUUUAUUUAUAAAGAUGAGGAAAAGGAAAAAUUACACAAACACACAGCUAAUGAGUGCUUUAGAGGAUAUGAGAAAAAAUAAAAUUUCAGCAGAAAAGGCAUCAAAGAAAUACAACAUUCCAGUGAGAACCCUAAGAUACAGACAAAAACAUGUAAUGAAAGGAUAUCCCAACAGGUGUCUUACCACAAAACAGGAAGAAAGCUUGGUCAAUUAUAUAAAAUACUGUGCAGAAAGGGCAUUUCCAUUAACAAGAAAAAUGAUAAAGGCAUUUGUACGUGAAAUCAUUGACAAGGAAGGCAACUCCCUGAUUAAUGUCAAUACUGUAAGUGGACCAUCAGACAAAUGGUUUAGAGGGUUUUUGAAAAGACACCCUGACAUAGCGUUGAGGACCCCCGAUUCCAUUGACCGUGGUCGCUACGGAAUGGCAAAUUCCACAGUGAUGAGGGAUCACUUUCAACUGUUAGAAAAAUGUCUGACAGACUUGGGCAUAAGAGACAAGCCCUCUCAAAUUUUCAAUGUUGACGAGACAGGCUUUGGAAAAUGCGAAAAAAGAGAGAAGGUUGUCGCUGAAAAAGUCCGAAAACACACUUAUGCCUGAAGCGUUUCAUCAACAAGCCAUAUCACCGCAACCAUCUGUGUAGCUGCAAAUCGACAAGUCCUGCCAACUUUCUUAAUUUAUGAAAAUAGUUUCCCGAGUGGAAGUUACAGAGAUGGUAAAAUGUUCAACAAAAUAAUACUAAAUGCAUUACUUUAACAAUAGUACAUGUAAUCCAAUACACAAGUACAAUCAGGACUUAGCACUUGCACUAUUUUUACAAUCACCUAUAGUACUUUUACCAAUUGACACCUUGAUUUUUAUAAAAUACAUGAAACACAUUUACACUCAAAAAAAUAUUUACAAAUCAACCUGUCUAUUAUUCUUGAAUGGUACAUAUAGAAAGAAAUACAUGUACAAGAUAUUUAUACUAAAAAUAUUUUUUAAAAACUUGCAUAUUUACAUACAUUUAUAACAAAUUAUACCAAAUUCUCUAUCUACUAUACGUUUUCUUAAAAUACAGAAUUUUGUUUAUAACAUAUUCAUACUUUAUCAGGUGCUCCUAGAGAUUGGCUUUUUGGCACUUCGCCGAAUGGGUACAUGGACGGUGACCUUUUUUAUAAAUGGUUUGAGACUGUUUUUCUCCCCAACUGUUCUAAGCGUCCAUCUCUCCUCAUUCUUGACAACCACGAGAGCCACCUUACUCUAAAGAUCAUUCAACGAGCCAAGGCAGAAGGAGUCGAGUUAUUUGGAUUGCCUCCCCACACCACCCACGUAACACAGCCCUUGGAUGUGGCUUUGUUUAAGCCCAUGAAAACUAAAUUUUCAGACACUGCCGUCAACCUUGUGUAUGCCAGGAAAGACUUGGUGAUUGGAAAGGCAAAGUAAGGACACAAUUUUGGUGUCUACCUGAAAAAAAUUUUAAAAUCUGAAUAUAAGCUGAUAAUAGUUUCUUUCCUGAAUUGGAAUUUACAACCACUGAAAAUUUUCUCCUUUAUUCCUGAUUAAAAUUAUUGUUUUCUCUUACAUAUUAAAAUUAUAUAACCUCGUCUGAUGGGUUUUA